UAUCGGGUGGGCUGGUCAACGGAAAGUGGCUGGAUCGAUAUAUUGUAAAGGGCUUUGAAUGGCCACCGGUUAGAAAAGCGCGGUAUAAAUGCAGUCAGUUUCCCUCCACGGACCCCAGCCGCGGGGGGGCGAGAGAGAGGUAGACUUGUCUUGUCUUCUGAGAAGACAUGGAAUUAUGUUUUUUUUCGCCUUGUUUCCACCUUUUGAUUAAUUCAUAUCAGACCGUCGCACCAGAGGCUGAUGGACCGACUGAAUUCUAAAAGUGUCUUCUGUGUAAACCGCAGUAACGGAGGGAUUCUGUAAGUGAAUUGGCUUCGGGGCCGCGGGCCGGGUCUCGAACCAUCAACCGCUGCUCUGCAAAGUGGAGACGGCUCUUCGCGACUCAACUCAGUGGGCGUGUUUGGAAUCACUGAAACUAAUCACUGUCUAUCUACAGACCAAUUCAUAUGAUAUAGGCCUAUUAGCCUAUAUAUAAUAAAAAGUUAUUUAUUAUCCAUUAUAUUUUAUAUAUUAUUAGCUGUAGGCCUGUGUAGCCCAGAUAUCUGACCGGGAAAGGCCUAUAACGCAAUGAAUUCAGAUGAGAGAUUUCCCUAUAGGUUCAACUUAACGCUUCUAAGGGAGGUUUUUAUCCUGAGCAGAAGGCAUUCAUCGGAUCAAUUAGCCUUCUUCAAAUAGUAUGGUUUAUUACCAUAAUGUUAAGGAUCGCCUUCACAUACUGAUUCAGCCUAUAGCCCAUUAUAGGGCUAUAAUAAUCAUUCAUAAAACUCGAUGGCAACAAUGUUUUUUUUUAAUAUUUUUUUAAGGACAUGACCGUAGACAAAUAAAUGGAUUAAAUAGCCCUUUUGUCAAAUAACAGCAGGUUUAGGAAAAGCUCUGUUGACUAAUGAAAGUGUUUUUUCGAGGAUGAUCACAUAUUUACCAAAUGUGUGGAAUCGAGAUUCGGUGAACGCGGACUCGUUCUUAUCGCAGAGACUCGAUCAAUAAGGACCGACGGACUCGGAGUAAACAAGGUAGGCCUAUAGCCUAAAUAAGCAACCGUCAUCCGAUGUCUUUCGUUUAUCCCUCUAUCCAUCUUUUGUGUGUAAAUAUAAUUUAUAUCUGUUUAUGUAUUUAUAUCUCUAGAUAUUUAUAUAUACAUCGAUACAUAUAUAUAUUGAUAGGCCUAUAUAUCUUUAAUCUUUUAAGAUAGGCCUAUAUUUACAUCCGUAUAAAAAUACAGCCCUAUUUAUACAGCAUAUAGGCCUAGCGGCGCUUCACACGGAAUAUUCUGUAAUUGGGGAUGAUUGGUUUGGUUUCUAGUUUCGCCGUGUCAAUAAUAAAACAUUAAAAUGUCACUCAGACGUCGCGGCUCAACCUGAGCUCCGAGGCUGAGCGCGCGGUCCAAGGGUCCGAGCGUACAGGGCGGGGCAUCACUCUGUUCCGAGCCAAUCAGCGAUCCCAUAACUAUUAAAAACGCCAAACAUUCCAGUGACUUUCAUCCGCCGAACGUGAGAAAAGCUUUUCCUUAGCGUACGCCUUGAAUAAACAAACACAUAUUUACGUUUUACAUUUUCAAAGGCGUUUUAUUCCAGACCCUACACUACCUGUGCUGACCAUUGAUUGGUCCACCGAGGACAGAGGCUCCGCCCCCCAGGCGCCCAGAACCUGGGAUCCGUCCAUUCAUUAGGGGUUGUGCCGGCGGCGGUGUCCCCCACCCCUCCCCUCCUCUCCCCUCCAGGUCUGAGCGAGACGCGGGGAGAGGACUCAGUCGUUCCGAGCCUCACAAUGCUGAGCGCCGUGAAAAUGGAAGGCCACGAUCACGCAGACUGGAGCGGAUACUACGGGGACGCCGAGAGCUACUCCUCGUUCGGGAGCCUCACCGCGGGGGGCCUCGGGAUGACCACCAUGGGGGGCUACAUGAGCGCCCCCCCCGGCAUGUCCGGCCUCCCGGGCGGGGGCGGCAUGGCCGGCAGCCCGGUCAACGUGUCCUACAUGAACCCUGGCGGGGGGGUCAGCCACCACCACCACGCCGUGCCCGGGAUGUCCCCGGGCACCGGGGCAAUGCACGCGAUGGGCGCCGCCGCGGGGGGGAUGAUGUCCGCGGGAGGGGGCAGCACGAGCCCCCUGGGCGCGCAGUCCGCGUCCAUGAACGCACUGACGCCCUACGGCGGCGUGUCCGUGAUGAGCCCGGUGUACGGUGGCCACCAGGCCAACCUUGGCCGCGCGCGCGAGCCACCGAAAUCCUACCGGCGGAGCUACACGCACGCGAAGCCCCCGUACUCGUACAUCUCGCUGAUCACGAUGGCCCUGCAGCAGUCCGGCUCCAAGAUGCUGACCCUGAACGAGAUCUACCAGUGGAUCAUGGACCUGUUCCCGUUCUACCGGCAGAACCAGCAGCGCUGGCAGAACUCCAUCCGCCACUCGCUUUCCUUCAACGACUGCUUCAUCAAGGUCCCGCGCUCCUCCGACAAGCCCGGAAAGGGCUCGUUCUGGGCGCUGCACCCCGACUCGGGAAACAUGUUCGAGAACGGCUGCUACCUCCGGCGGCAGAAGCGCUUCAAGUGCGAGAUCAAGGUGUGCAAGGAGCCCGCCGCGGGGGGGAAGCCCUCGUGCGAAGCGGGCGCGGUGGCCAGCUGCACGGACAGCCGCGGCGCGGGGACCGAGUCGCCGCACGUGCACGCGUCCCCGGCGAAGGAGGCCAAGCGCGCAACUGCGGCGGCGGCCAGCGAGUCCAAACCGCUGCGGGCGCACGAGGUGUCCACCACCAGCCCCGCGCGCCUUCCGUCUCCCGCGCUCCAGACGCACCAGCUCUUCGCCCAUCAUCAUCAUCAUCCCAAUCACCCACACUCGGUGCUCGUGCACGACGCGCACACCGCGGGACAGCUGAAACCUGAGCACCACCCGCUCCAUCACCACUACUCCUUCAACCACCCGUUCUCCAUCAACAACCUCAUGUCGGAGCAGCAGAGCCACCAGCAGCACAGGAUGGACCUGCGGACGUACGACCAGGUCAUGGGCUACGGGUACGGGUCCACCGCCGGCUCAGGGGCCCUCUGCAUGGGGCCCAUGGCCGCCAAGGCCUCGUUCGAUGGCUCCACGCCCGCCGACACCUCCUACUACCAGGGGGUGUACUCCCGGCCGGUCAUGAACUCCACGUGAGAGGCCUGGACCUGAGGCUGUACCCGGGACUAUACAGGGGGGCUGUCGGAGCGGCCUGGACGCGGGACUACUGGGGGGCUGUCGGAGCGGCCUAGACGCCGGACUGGGGGGCUGUCGGAGCGGACUGGACCCGGGACUGUACCCGGGACUAGGGGACUGUGAGACGGACCGUGUAUUUGUAUAAAUGAGCGCUUGGUUCGUUGGUUGGCUGAGGUGUUGGAGCCCCGUCCGGAGGGUCUGUGGGAGCAGCUCCGUGAUGCUCUUUUCUAAGGAUGCGACGUAAAUAAACGAACAAUGCCAUCCGUAUUUGUCUAGAAAAAAAAUCUUUAUAUUAAAAUAUAAUCUGAA